AUGGUGGUAACUCUACAAGGAGCAAGAUCUUCUUGGUGUCGACCCAAAGUGGUUGGGACCGAGGGUGCUAACUUAGAAAGAACCAGUUUGAAUGGUCUUAACACUCAAACAGUUGGAGAUGAUUUUGGUAACUCACAAAGGAUCAGUUCUAAUGGUCUUAACUCUCAAAUGGUUGGAGAUGUUUCUGGUAACUCACAAAGGAGCAAUGCUAAUGGUCUUAACUCUCAAAUGGUUGGAGAUGCUUCUAGUAACUCACAAAGGAGCAAUGCUAAUGGUAUUAACUCUCAAAUGGCUGGAGUUGAAGGUGGUAACUCACAAGUGAACUUUGAUAACUCACAACUGAAUAUUGGUUCCAACCAGUCCUCUCAGGAUCCUCCAAAAAGAGGGACAUCGAAAAUGUGCAGGACCAAGUACAAAAUACCUCCACAUAGUGGUAGAGUUCAGCUGGAACCUAUAGGUCAUUGGAUUGAAUAUUCACUCGGCAAGAUUAAAGAAUUUACGAGCACGUUUACAUCUCAUCCACGGCAUAGGGCACGUGCUGCAAAAAAUCUAGAGAACUAUCUAGUCAAGAGAGUAACUAAUAUGAUGUACCAAGUCCGUUUGGAGGCUGUCAAGAAAUGGUGUCAUAGAAAUAACAAAGACUGCGAUGAUACUCGAGCCCGCACCAUUGAACUAACAGAAGAACAGUACUUAACUUGUCGGGUGGAGUGGUGCAACGGGGUAGUUUGGGCCUUGCUUGCCAAAUACUGGACUUCUGAUGAGUACAAGAAAAAGAGAUGCAGAGGCCAACAAUCGCGCAUGAGUUGUGAUGAUCCAGCUCAAAAUAGAGGAGAUUCAAGAAAUUUUUGCAAAGACACAACAGUUCUUGAUAUGACAAAUGCUUGUGUCUUGAUUAUUUUAGAUGAGUACAUGACAUUAGCUCUAGAUGCAAAUUCACAAGAACUGGAAGGAAGAGCAUUGUACACUAUAGGACGUGGCAUGAAGCAUGGCCGUGUUCCAAUAGGUGAUGGUGUUGUGGAUAAGGCAAUUGUUCUAGCACAUUCCAAAUCUAUAUCUGUUAGGCCACCUGAUCCUGAUCAUUAUGAAAGUGUAGAACCACCUGCUGAACUGCUUCAACGUCUACAAGACCUUGAUGCCCGUCGUCAUCAGGUUUUAUGUUCAUGGCUACUGGGUCACAUGGAGGCUCAUUCUGUUGAUGAAAGGCGCAGCAACGACAACGCUAAUGACGAAGACGACGAUGAUGACUACAGCUACCAUGAAAGCGAUGAUGAUGACUGCAGCUACCAUCAAGGCAUCCAUCAUGUCCAGUACUCCAAUGAAGACGAUGAUGAUGACCACAUUGAGGACGAUGAUGACGAUGGCUGUCUUGAAGAUGGUGAUGAUAGCAGCUCCUCCCAAAGCGACGAUGAUCACCGCUCUACUAAGCAGUGA